GACCCGGUGAAUACAGAUCACGCACGCGGCCGCAGCCGCCACCGCCAGCCAAUGCCACCUGCCGCCGCCGGCUGCCACUGCUGCCGGCGGCCAACUCCUAUUCGCUGACCGCCGCCGCCCGUGCCCGCCAUGCCCCGCCUCCUCGCCCCACUCCCCUCCCGCUCGCGCCGCCGCCGCCUCCUCGUCAUUCUGUCGAACACCUUCUCGGCGUCCACCGCCUCACCACACCGCGCGCCGCCCCCGCCGCCGCCGCCGCUGCCGCAGCUCUCCCCGCUGCUCCCCCGGACCGCGGAGUCCUACGCCUCCAUCUCUGAGGCCGCGUCCGACAUCGCCGUCUCCUUCCGCGACUGGUUCCUCGCGCCCCGCGCCGCCGAGCCGCUCGCCGCCCUCGACUCGAUCUACGAGGCCCUCGCCUCGGACGACGCGGCGGCGCUCGAGGCGCUCCCGCUCUCGGAGGAGCUCGUCCUCUCGGUGCUCCGCCACCGCCCGCGGAGGCUCCCCGACGGCGACGCGGUUCUGCUGCUCCGCCUCAAGUUCUUCGACUGGUCGGGCCGCCGCCCGCACUACCUCCACACGCGCGCCGUCUACCAUGCCGUCUUCCGCCUGCUCUCGCGCGCGCGCCGCGCCUCUGUGGUGCUCGACUGGCUCCGCCUCUUCACCACCACCUCCGCGUCCACCGGGCAGCCGCGCUUCCAUCAGACGCUCGUCGUAGGCUACGCCGUCGCGGGCGACCCCCAGCGCGGGCUCAGCGUCCUCGGCCGCAUGCGCUUCCGCGGCAUGGACCUGGAUGCCGUCUCCUCCCGCAUACUCCUCAACUCACUUGUCGAUGCGUCAUUCCACGACUUGGCCGACUCCUUCGCCCGCAACCUUGCUGCUAGUCCCGUUGCAACCUGCAUCCGCAUCAAGAGCCUGUGCCGCCGCGCCCGCUUCAGCGAUGCCACUGCACUACUUGACACCCUUCCUUUCGCCGAAGCAUCCAGAGGCCCCGCCGCUGGCUCUAUUGUCACGGAGUUCUGCCGGCGUGGGCGCUUUGACGAGGCAGCCCAGAUUGUUGGUAAAUUCUCGUCAUGUGAUGUGUACGGCGCGUGGAUCCAUGGUCUCAUUGAGGCUGGGAUGCUUGAUACUACAUUGCAGUUCCUUUCUGAUAAGAAGGAGGCUGAGGGAUAUAUCCCUGACGGUCAGCGGUAUGAUAAGCUUGUCCACCGUCUUCUCCGCAAGAACAGACUUGGUGAAGUUUAUGAUUUGCUUGUGGAAAUGAUGGAGGAGGGCAUUGCUCCAGGCCGUUCAACCAUGAAUGCCGCGCUUUGCUUCUUUUGCAAAGCCGGGCUUGUGGAAGUUGCCAUGCAUUUGUAUAGAUCAAGAUUGGAUCUUGGGAUUAACCCAAACAAGGAUGUCUACAACAAUCUGAUCAGGGCACUGUGCCGAGGUGGGGCCACAGAAGAGGCUUGUCUGGUAUUGGAGCAGUCUAUGGAAGAUGGAUACUUUCCUGGCCGUCAGACAUUUGCAAUGUUCGCAAAUGUGCUGUGUCAGGAAGGGAAGCUAGAUAAGGUGAGGGAGCUGCUCGAUAGGGCUCUCAAGCAGGAGGCGUGGCCAAUGGACAAUGUAUUAGCCAAGUACCUUGUUGCAUUGUGCAAGAGUGGGAAUGUGGACGAGGCAUGUAAAGUGCCUCAGAUAGCGAGCAGCAAGAACCCUGCGGGCCUAUAUCGCUACGAAUCAACUUACAAGAGCUUGAUCAGAGCAUUAAUAUUGAUUAGGAGGGUGGAUGUGCUCCCAAGGCUCAUACUUGAAAUGCAAGAUAUGGGACACAUCCCGACCCGAAGCCUCUACCAGUCGGUUGUUUGUGAAUUGUGUGAGCUGAGUAAGUAUGGUGAGGUUCUUGAGCUGCUGGAGAACCAGUUGCGGAGGAGUGAACUCCAACCCCGUGUGUGCUAUAACUACUUCAUCUCUGGGGCUGGACAUGCUAAGAAGGCUGAUGUGGCCAGGGAGGUGUACAACCGGAUGGAGUCUGCAGGGAUUGAACCAUCUGUCGAAAGCAAUAUCCUUCUUCUCAUGAAUUAUCUGAGGAGUAAGCGUAUUGGUGACGCACUGACCUUUUUCAACUUCAUUCAUGAGAAGAAGCCACCUGGGACCAAGAUGUAUAACGUAUUUAUAUCUGGUCUAUGUGAAGCUCGGAAGCCGGAGCAGGCAAUGGUAUUUUGGAGGGAAGCAAGGGAUAAAGGAUUAAUACCGAGCAUCGACUGCUAUGAACAGCUUGUGCUCCUUUUGAGCUCUGUUCAAGAUUAUGACAGUGUUGUGAAGAUUAUUGAUGACUUCAGGGAAACAGGGCGCCCUGUUUCAGCAUUCUUGUGUAAUGUGCUUCUGUUGCACACACUGAGGGGCAGCGAUCUUCUCAAGGCUUGGGCGCGUUCAGAAGAUAAAUCCGGGUCUCUUGAAGCAAGAGCUGGAGAGAUCAAAGGUCGGGGGGCAGGACGAUUCUUGAUUGGCCAACUUAUCGAGUUGUUUGCAAGCGGUAUCAGGAACAGGAGUGACUUGGAGGUUUUAGAAGAGGGUCUAGAACAGUUCUUUCCUGUCGACAUUUAUACUUAUAACAUGCUGUUACGAGGAUUGAGCAUGGCAGGGAGGAUGGAUUCUGCCUGUAACAUGUUCGAAAGACUCUGCCAAAGGGGCUAUCUACCGAAUCGAUAUACUUUUGAUAUAAUGGUACAUGGCUUCUGCAAGCAUGGCAGCAGAAGUGAGGCUGAAAGGUGGAUGGAGGCAAUGUACCGAAACGGGUUCUAUCCCACUUGGUACACUAUGAGGUUAUACAACAAUACAUCCUUGCGACCGCAUGAUCAGAAGGCCAUUUCAUUUGUAUAAGUAAUAAUUACAUAUCUCAUCGCAUCCGUCUGUUGAUCUGAAAGUCCUAUGACUUUGCCAAAACAGUGCUUGCUGGAGAUGACAAAUCAAGCGCACUAAGAAGGCAAAGCAAAGGCCAAAAAAUUUGUCUGAUUUCCUGUGCUUGGGUACGAGCUGGUUUGUAGCAAAGGAAGAUACUCUACCGUUUUACAGUGGUAGAUUUUAUAGCGAGGGAGGUACUCUGUUUUUUUAGAUGGAAGAUACUCUGCUUUGUGGCAAGGGGAGAUACCGUGUUACUUCUGCCCCAUUUUUGUACAUCUAGGCUUAAUAACAAGAUUACGCUCUUUGUUAAGUAACUUUGUGAUGGUGCGCUUCUCGUGAUGAGGCCCCUAUGCUUCAUGAGACGAUUGAUUGUAAGUAAGCAUAAAAAACAUUCAUGUGCAAUCUUUAAUUGGUAUUACGGACUUGAUUGUGUGCCACUCUAUUUUGUGCAUCAGAUCUGGAAGGCUCUUCUUUUUCUUUUUCUUUUUCUUUGUUCCUUUUCUUCAUUUGCUCAGCAACGGACAUAUUGAUUCAAGUUACUGUUUGGAGAAGCUGAGAGUAGGACCUUAAAGAAAGUAGAAAAGUAAAGAAAUGGUGGCAAAUAACGAAAGAAGAAAUUUGAAUCAUGUUGGUUUUGAAAAUUGUCAUGAUUAUGCAUCCUCGCUGUUGUAAUGCCACAAUCAAAGCUCAUUUAUUCGUGCUUGUACUUCUAUCUUUCAUAUAUGGCCCAAUAUAAACAUGUUUGCAAUUGUUUAUGUUUUUUCUGGAAAUGCAUAAGUCCUUUCAUCUCAAUUUUAUUACAUGAGAAAUCUUGUUACACUGAAAUUUUCAAAACUGCAAUGUUUCCGCUAACAAACCGAUGUGUCAUUUUCAAAUCCAUUUGAUUUGUGCUUCGUCUCACCAUGAAUGAUGCCGCCUCCCUUUUUUUUUCUCUGUGGCAAAGCACAGGCAUUCGACUAGAAUUUUUCACAUAUAGGUGUGAUUUUAUUUGACCUCAGAAAGUUUGGUUUGGUUACACAGUAAUGGUAAAAGCACAGGUGUGCAAGCCGUGACAACUGACAAGUCUAUGGUGUAGGCUUCCGUUUUGUAACUAAAAUAAGAAACCA